GCUUAAGAAUCAGACCAACUAAGAUAAAACGCUGAGAGCCACAUCGGGUCUUUGAUUAUGACGUAGCCAGGAUUCUCGAGCGAUCAGCGCAUCCAUCGCGCGCCUCAGCAAGUUGGUGAAGAGACUCGCCGGCGCGCGUGAAGCUUGCAAGCCUCCUCACCUUAUAAAGUGCAUCGGUGACGAAAGCAAUCGUGAGCGCGUAAAUUCAGCACUUGGUUCACGAGACAGCUCCAGUGUGUCGGCUUCCCUAACUGGUCUCAAUUUAAAGAGCAGUUCUUUCAGUACUUUCAGAACACUCUCGCACGCAUGAACAUUAGAAGUGUGUCAUUAUAUUUCUGCUCAUCUAGCUGUGAUCCAUAGACCGGGACCAUUUUUAUUCUCUACUAAAUAUGUACCAGGGGCAUUUGCAGGGGAAAGACUCUAGGGCUGCAGAUAAGACCGUUGCCAUGGUCCUGAAGGAGAUACCCAAUAAGGCGUCCUCAGAAGGCAAACCCCUCCUCACGGUGACAAACAAGCUGGUGAGCGAGCAACAAGAGAGCCGUCCCUUGCUGAGCCCUUCCAUCGAUGAUUUCCUCUGCGAGACCAAGUGUGAUGGAGCUGCCCGCCCAGUAACCUCCAACACAGCAGUACUGUCCUCCUCUCUGGACUUGCUGGAUCUGAGUGAGCCUGGUGAGAGAAGACACAGCAAAGACAGGAAGAGCCCUCUUUCUUCUAAGGGUACACCGUACAGGAGGAAGCCAGAUGAAACAGAGCUGAUUCAAGUGGAUGUUGAACAUAGUAUACCCUGUUCCCGCACGCCUGAAAAAAGUUCAUUGGACUCAGUAGCAGUUCCAUCUUCACUGGAUAAAUGGGAAGAACUCAACCCACACCCAGAACGAAAUGGUAGCAGAAAGUGGAAACUUGAGAGGAGACGUUCAUCCAAAAUUUCUGGCGAAUUUGUGUGGUCAAUGGAUUGCAAGACUCAGCUAGACAUUGCCCCCAGGAACUCCCUGGAGGUAAAUAAUAAAGUAGAGGCAGAAGCCGUGCCAGUAACUCAACUUAACAGGCAAUAUAUUAGUGGAAGACACGGCCGUUUGAGCAAAGACCAAAGGUGGGGUAGCACACUGCUGUCCAGAAACCAAUCUUUGGAGGAAGAGUUUGAGAGAGCUAAGGCAGCAGUGGAGUCAGACACUGAGUUUUGGGAUAAGAUGCAGGCAGAGUGGGAAGAACUCGCUCGCAGGAACUGGCUAACAGAGAAUGACCAACCGCAGAUUCCCUCCAAUGUGUCUCCUUACGAAAAGGGAUACUACUUCCACACAGAUAACCCUUUCAAAGACUGGCCAAAUGCAUAUGAGGAGGGAUUACGCAAGUCGAGAGAGGGAGAACUGCCUAACGCCGUACUUCUUCUGGAAGCAGCUGUGUUGCAGGACCCUCAGGAUUCAGAGGCUUGGCUGGUGCUGGGAACCACACAAGCAGAGAAUGAGAAUGAGCAGGCAGCAAUUGUCUCCCUCCAGAGGUGUCUGGAGCUCCACCCCAACAACCUUCAGGCCCUCAUGGCCCUGGCAGUGAGCCUGACCAACACAGGCAUGAGGCAGGAUGCGUGUGAGGCGCUCCUGGGCUGGAUAAGGCACAACCCCAAAUACAAGCAUCUUCUGAAGAGCCGCACGCACCUGCAGGGCUCACCUGGCUCAAGGAGACUUUCCUACUCCUCUUCAAAUGGCUGCCCCAUGCUCCUAGAGGUGAAGGAUCUGUACCUGGACGCUAUCCAGCAGAACUCGGACACUAUUGACCCAGACCUGCAGACAGGGUUGGGAGUGCUGUAUAACCUCAGCUCCGAGUUCAACAAAGCAGUGGAAGCCUUCAACUCCGCGCUGUCAGUGCGGCCGGAGGACUACCUGCUGUGGAAUCGGCUGGGGGCGACGCUGGCUAAUGGAGAUCGCAGCGAGGAGGCUGUGGAGGCCUACAACAAAGCCCUGGAGCUCCAGCCCGGCUUCAUCCGCUCACGUUACAACCUUGGCAUCAGCUUCAUUAAUAUGGGCGCUCACAGGGAGGCAGCCAGUAAUUUCCUGACAGCUCUUGGUCAGCAGAGGAAGAGCAAGAGUCGGCAGCUUUCACACCAAGUUAUGUCUGGAAACAUCUGGGCGGCCCUGCGGAUUGCACUGUCCAUGCUGGACCAGCCGGAGCUUUUUCAAGCUGCUAACAUAGGAGACCUGGACUUACUCAUGAGAGCUUUUAACCUUGAUAUGUGAGCGAGAAUACCCUUUAAACAUGGCAAAUAUCCAAAGUACUUUAUGAAAAGAACUUUGUCAGAAAGCAUUUUUUUUCUCGCAGAGUACCUUUACAUUCCUGAGAACUGAUGGCUGGAUGAUACAAUUUGAAUAGGUUUGCAAAUUGCACAUUUAGUUUAUGAUUAUCCUAAAGAGCACAAUGCCUGGAGAAGAUUGUACUAGUAUGCCUUAGAGAAAAUAUCAGCUUGACCUGCAAUGUAACAACGGGAAUUGGAGGACAACUUGAAAAUUCCACAAUUGAUGAGAGGAACGCAGACUAUUAAUGUGCAAGAAGAAUAUUGACUUCACAUCAAUGACUUGAUUAGACAUGUACUGUACUCCGUAGACUUCAUGUAUUGGUUCAAUUGCACUUUUUAUGAUUUGGACUUAGUUCAACCCUCGAUACUCCUCACCUGAUCUCUGCUGCAUCAUCCCCUUUAUUUCCUGGAGCUUGCGGACCUGAUUAAAAAGCCUUACUUAAUGUGCAUGUAAAAUAAAUAAUUAAGAUGUUAUUGGUAUGAUAUCCGAUAAAAGCCAUUCCUUGCCAUAAACUGACCUCUUGAUAUAACUGAAGAAAAGUCUAUGUUCCAUCAAGGUCUUUUUGUGGAACAUACCACAUCUUGAAGUGUUCUUGGACAUAGCAUUAUUUUUUACAAAAUUCGAUGCAGGGAAUUCUGAUAUACUGCCCCUCUUGCCACAAUUAUCAGCCUGGAUUUGUCAGGAAAACAAGUGUCUCUGUUUUUGAAGAAAGCUGCCCAAUAUCUAAGCCAAACAAUUUGUGAUUGUUCACAGUUUUAUACCCUAAUACUGACGUUGUUACUCAUACUAAUUAUUGCGGUUGCUCUCCAGCUUGCAUGACUUGCCAUUUUGCUCAUCAGUGUGAACACGCAAGUGCUUAAUGUUGCAUUUGCGCUUCAAGAAAAGUCAGUUCAUAGGUGAAUGAUUUUAAAAUGCUAUGCAAAACCUAUAGAUAUUUUUUUUUUCUUUAUGCAUCUGGAAGCAGAAGAAAAGGUUUAAGUACGAGAAAGUACUUUUAAGUACUUUGCUUUUUGUGGUUUAAGGUGUAAUAGUAGGUAGGUCUGAUAGUCGAUGGUCUAUUUUACUUUAUAUUUCGUUUUUUUGUUUCUUUUUUAAAAAAGUCUCCCUGAUCCAGCUGAGCUUAUUUGUAGCAUCAUAUAUUUUCAUUAUUCCCACACAAAGUGGAAGAAUAUAUUUAUUUAAAAAUAUAUAUAUAUAUCAAUGAAAAAGCAUGCAAAGCCAUUCAAGCACCCAUUAUCAAGUGUUAUUGUUAUUAUAUUUAUUUAAUUACUACACUCUGUAUUUAUUUCCUUAUUCUGUAUCCAAAACUAUUUGAAAAGUCCUGUAUAUGCUCAUCGAUACAGUUAGAAAAGACUUGUGCUUUGUAGCCGAAUGUUACUUUAGAUACUGUAGAUUCUUUCAUGCCUGAGGCCAAACCUCCUCUUUUCUAGAACUUUGUACAAUCUCAGGUGUGAUUGUCUAGAUGAAUUCAUGCUCCAGAAAUACUCCUGAUGUAUGAUCGCAUGCUGAAUACUUAUUUUUGAAUGCUGUAGAUUUAUUUAUAUGCAUGAACUUGACAUGCCUAUUUUAAUCUAUACCCUUAAUUUCUAUGACUUAUUUCUCAGUGUAAUCACACAAUUUUGCAUUAAACACACACACAUGUGUGUAUACUGAUCUGAAGAAUACGCCAUAUUAACCGUAAAAUGUCUAGAAAUAACAAGCAGUUUUUGCAAUGCAGUUGGUAAAAUCUCAACAAGAUUAACUUUAUAGUCACUUAUAUUACUAUUGCAAUAGCCAGAUUUACUAAAGCCUUUAGUAUUAGAGGCUCGAAUAUAUUAUGCAUUGUUCAGAGCUGUGUUUCUGAAUUUGUACAUGCAAACUUUCUGAAUGUUUGCCAAAGGCUUUAAUAACUCUGGCCCAAUAUUUAAAAGAUAGAUGCAUAUACAAAAGUUAUCUUUUAAAAUAAAAUAUUAAUAUUGUAAUUUGUAGUUUGUAUGUCUGGUUAUUGCCAUGAGAGCAUUUAUCUGUUAUUUUGUUAAAGGACAUGGUUCAAUGGAUCAAAUCUCCUGUUUCCAUACUGCCAUUCCCAAAUAUGAAAAUGGUAAAGAUAAACAACUGUGGAUUUUAUUGAACAAUCCAAACAUCGAGUCAAAAGUAUGUUUGAACAGAUAUUUGAAUGAGGAUUCCCACAUUUGCCAUAAUUGUGUCUUUCUAAACAAUAUAUGGAUCAGAAAACCCAUUAAAAAAAAAAAUUUAUAACAAACAAGUGGGCACGUUUGUGUAGUAACUAGAGAAGUGGCACACAUUUUUUGCAAAAAAAGAAAGAAAAAAGUUCAACAAUAAAAACGUACCAAUUAACCUUCAGGUCCAUGAAAAACAGAACCCGCUAAAAAUCAAUAAUAUAUUGUAAAAUGUCAACUGACUAAUCUCUGAGUUUUAGUGCACAUUCUGGAAAAAAAAAAA